UGUGGAAUGAGUUGGACAUGUGAAGUAGGGCAUUGAAGGAGUUGAUUUGGUGGGAAGUCGUAAUGUCAUUAGCCUUUUUCCCAAUAUGAUAUAUAUGUCAAUAUGUCAUGGACCACCUAUUGAGCUGUUCAUUUUGUUACACACACCUUUUAAGUAAAUCCGAUGAAAAGGAGACAGGAGUGCCACUUUACAAGUUGCACAAAAAGACUUCUCCAGUUGUAUGACAACACCGCCAUCCAGUGGCUAGUGCAACAUCUCUGUUUCUGUUUUAGAUUUGAGUCACUGAACGCCUUCCGACAGAGACAAAACAUGUCACGUACGUAACGGUUUGAAUUAGCUGUUCAUUUCACAAGUUGUGGAUCACCUGCUAUAUGAUUCCCGUCGUGUUGUUGGCCAACAACCCAGAAAGAUGCCACAGAAAACACUGGGAUCCAUUGUAGGUCUGCUUUGCACCGGGACCUGUUUGGUACAGGGUAAGGAGUUCUGUUUUGGAGUGAACAAUGAGCAAUACCGGUGUGAGAUGGGGUACUGCUGCGGUGAGACUGAGUGCUGCACCUACUACUACGAGCUAUGGUGGUUCUGGCUGGUGUGGACCCUCAUCAUAAUGCUGAGUUGCUGCUGUGCCUACCGUCACCGCCGGGUCAAGAUGCGGCUGCAGCAGGAGCAGCGCCAGCGCGAAAUCAGCCUUAUGGCCUACCAGGGUGCUUCUAGCUCCUUCAUUUCCCCUCCUCCCCUCAACCUGAGGUUCUGGACAGACUGCAAGCUUCCUGACUAUGAAGAGGUGGUGGGUCAUCCCCCGACUCCCCCUCCGCCUUACUCCGAGAUUCCCCCAGAGACCACCACUGCCAUCAUGCUGCCCUCCAUCCAAUCAGAAGUGGUCUUGAUGCUGGAGCCCUCAACAGAGGACGCGCCAAGAGAGGAGCAGCCCGCCAAUUCAUCAUCAGACCAAGAAGCCGCGUCUGUGCCCAGCCAAUCAGAGCGACCAGUGGAGGUGGACCCUGAAGGCCCAUUGGAGGAGCUGCUGACCCGGCGCAGGCACGUGACGGGCGACUCAGGGAUUGAGGUGUGUAUUUGCCAACUAGAUGAGGGCUCUGGGCCGGAGGAGGACGAGGAGCUGGUGUGUCAGGGGGCCACGGGGGACUGCUGCUCUGCCUCUGAUCACCACCACACCCUCAGACACAAAGCGAGAACCCCUGAGCCCCAACCUCAGGGUCAGACCACCAGCACCGGAGACCGCCUGGUCUGAGCUCCACCACCUACCAUCCCAGAGGCUGCUGUUGCUGCCCGAUCUGUGCUUUAGGGAGGGAGACCCAGGAGAGCUCUUGUCAUUGUCAUCAUAACAAUAACUCAGACACCACCAGCAAAUGAAAUGCCCCACAAUAACUCACCAAAUUAACCAGGUUGUCCUGUUGUUUAACAUCCUUCUCAGUUAUGAUCCAUAUAAUGAAGAUGACAAAAAGAAAAGCUCUUAUUUGAGAAAUAUGAUUUUUUCCGUGUGGCUAAAGGCUUAAUUGUUUAAUACCCAUGGUCCCUCUGCUUUGUUUAGUUCUUAACAUGGGGAUGAUGAGGAAGAAUGUUAAGUCUUCCUGGAUGGGGGAGGGGCUAAAACCUCUAGAGACCACCAGGUGGUAAGAAGAGGUGUUGACGCUGGCACAGAAUUGACUAAAUCUACCCACCCCCACUGUCUGGCCUGGACAUUUUCUUCUGGUCCUUCUAACAUUUCACCUACGUGGGGACAGGACAGUAUACCGCAACAGUCACCAACCCACAGGCUUCUAGGCCCCAGCACACAAGGGUCAAAACAGGAAAAUAAUGCUUCAAGACCCAAUCCUGACCUGAGGGGACUGAACAAGGUGUACGGACUGUGACAAAAGGAACUUGUUUUGUUUUUGUAAGGGUGUGUACUGUGUAAUCUAGGAGACAGCUGCAAAGUGAUGUCACCCCUGAGUCAUCUUAGCCUGUGCCUGGUUUCUUCGUGGAGUGACAGCAGGGCUAUUUGCAUCUAGAGAAGAGGCUGGGAAGGGGAAGUGAAGCUGUGCCUGUCUCUUAUAGGCUCUCCAUCUCUGAACUGUGUCCCAGUAACAUCAGACUCCUCCCCCUGAAUCCCCCCACUUCCCAACCCUCGUGACUCCACCAGUUCUCCGGUCAACACUUGGCCAGACUGAAAUGUAUUGAAUGGACUGGAACAGACAUUUUGAUGUGUGGCCAAGUUCUCUCUGUGGCCAAGUGAACUCAAGACUGUAAGCUGUGACAUUAUCCCAUCGCUGUGCCUGCAACUUGGUGUCUAUAAAAAUCCUUGCGGUGGUCGACUGUGUGUCCCCCAGCCCGGCAGUGAUAUUACCAGGGAUACUGAAGGUUCAGCUCUCUAGUACUUUGCUCCUUUAUCAUUAUCUUGUCAUUGUAUUACUUCUCUCUAAAACCAGCUUUGGCUGAGGCCACUAUUACCCACAUUAAUAGCAACACAGCUCUACCAAGGUGCUGCUGUGGGUGUAUUGUGUGUUUUAUAGGAUGUGUAGAGGAGGAGUCUUAUUUAGGGUAGCCACAAAGUGCCCUGGCCCCUGGUGUAAAUGCACUCAAUUCACCAGGCUUUAGACCACUUUUAUAAACAAUGCACUAGGAUAUUGCAUGGAAGGCAUGAGUCAUUUUGUUUUUGUGUGUAGGUAGUGUGUUCUGAUUUGUUGUGUCUACAACAUAUAGCGACACACUCCUAGGCCAUUGGCCCCAAGCUGGCACGGAUGAAUCGGCGGUUGCUGUUUUGAUCCAGCCAGAGCCUGAUAGUGACGCAGCUUCACCACGAGUCUCCUGGUCGUGUGGGGCUCGGACUGAGUGAACUAAGGUUUUAAGUAUAGACACCCUGUACCUAGUUUCAUCAUGUUAUUACUGCACUGGGCCUGCAGUGUGCUGUUGCGUACACCCUUGGCUUGCGGUGGUGUGAACCCUGUAGGAGCAAUGCUAGAGAUUUGUGGAGAUUUGUGGUGGUGUUUUCCAUUCAGUGGGGGUGGCUUUGCUGUGUGUGUAGUGUUAGCAUAGCUGCACACAGAUAGACUGCAUGUACCUCAGUGUUGUGCGUCGCUUGCCGACGCGGAGUUGUAGAAUCGGGUGUGGAGUGCAUGUGAUCUUACUGUGCAGUUCCACCUUGAAGAAGAAGCAAGGGGGGGGGGGUUAAAUGGCAGUGAUGUUUGAUUAUUUAGGGUAUUGAUUUGCCUUCAUACAGCACUGAUCAAUUAGGUUAUGGACUGAUGCACUGUUUUAUUAACAUCUAAUGAAAAAGGAAAUUGACACAGAUUUAUUCUGAAUAUCUAUCCAUAAAUAUGUAGGAUCUUAAUUUGAUCACUCUGUUGCAGGAUAACUUUCCUGCAAUUCAGGACAUUUGUUG